AUGGCGGAAGAUACGGGAGUCGACCCAAACAUCGAAUCAGAGCCACGACACCACGAACAAGAUGAGCUGCUCGGAGACGGGAACCAGCCCGGUCAGGAUCAAGAUGACGAGGAUCGAGGUGACGAAGAUAGGGACGAGGAAGAUGGGGAGGAAUACCGGGUCCGAUCACCUACCCAUCCUCCCGAUCAGAGUGUCGACUCCGAUGCCGGUUUGAACCCUGCGAUGGAGCUGGACCUGGAUAUGGAGCUGGACUUGGAACUGGAGGCCAACCUAGACCCCUCACUCCGCCCGACUCCUACCCGUCUUGACAACCCUCGGUCUAAACGUAGGAUGAAGGUCAAACGCAAACGACAGUUCGCCUCUGAGCUCGAUAUCGAUGAUAACCUCAACAUCGAUCCCGAAUUGUUCUCUCCCUCCCCAUCGGAAAGACCGACCCCGCACGCACUAAAACUGGCCGAUUCUCAUUUGCGACAACGGACCGCCGGUCUAUCGCACGUCCGAGACUUGUUGGUCGAGGAGAACGGGAGGUUGUUGGCGGAUAUCAGAGGUCUAGAGGAGGUCAUGUCCGUCGGAGGUGGAGCUGAAGUUGGAGGUGGAGGCUCGAGCGGGGACCUGGGAGGUGCAGGGAAUUGGCAUGAGAGCCACGGUCUUAGGGAUUCGAGGACAGAUCUGUUAGCAGAGGCAGAUACAGAUACUGGGACAAGGCUGGCGGAACUCCUGGAGAACGAGAUGCAAGAAGAGAUCCGGGCAUUGCGGGCAAAGCUGGAUGGGAGCGUGGGUGAUGACCGGAUGGACGGGCGGGGAGAACUCACCGAGAUCGUGCAGGAUCCGGAGAUGGCGAAGGAGACGGUAGCGACCACGUCAAGUUCAGCAUUGGCAACAACAUCGCCUGUCGGAUCCACGUCCCCCUCGACAUCGACACUAUAUACUUUGAUAACCCACCUAGACCGUUCGCUCCGCACCCAAACGGCGUCUUUGGCUGCGUUGCAGGACGAACUGGCGCAGCUCGUCCAUCAGCAACAACAGCAGCAAGAAAUUUCGAACGACACUGGGAUAUCGAGGGUCGAGCGGGAUCGACCCAAAAAGUUCGCUACAGGCCGUAAACGCAAAACCAACCGCGAUCAGACGCAAAAUCAGGAUUCCGGCUACGGCUCCGAUUCUUCUAUUUCGCAGACCGACAUUGAUUCGGCUGAAGAGCUGGAAAGGGAAGAGCGCGAGAUCAUCCACGGUCCUGAGCAGAGCGAGGUGGAGAAGGUCAUUAUGGAUAUGAGGGGGUAUGUAGAGGUCUGUAUGAAACUGUGGGGCGAGGAAAGCCGUCUACCCGAAGCGUCAGACUAUCUCAACCCGGUCUACCCGGUCUUUGCACUCCCUUACGUGCCCAGACGGAUGUACAAUACCCGUCGAGGGAAAGUACCGGCGUCGAGCAGCAAGCCCAACGCGAUGAGAGAGAUGCCGGUCGAGUUGAGAAAGUUGAUCGCUAGACGUGCUAAGGGGGGCGGGGAUGUGCUGGAUUCGGAACCGGAAUCGGAAUCGGGACCGAAGGGAGAGGCAGAAGGAGAGAGUUCGACGGCCAACGCAUCGGCAUCGAACGCCGCGAGACCAGAUGCUGCGCCAAAAGAGGACGAACCAUCGAGCUCUUUGAAGGGAAAGAAGCGCGUUGCCCUCGGACCACCAGCGACAGAUCCUCGAGUACCAAAGAGACGUGGUCGGCCGAGCUUGUUGGAUAUGCGAAUGAAGGGGCUGGAGCCGACCAUCUUCGAAACGAUGACCCGCUCUGCUGAACUAAGUCCUAGAGCCACAGACGGGUCGAGCUUAGGCCCAGGCGCUGGCUCGGGGUUGGGAUUGGGUGAUGUGUCGUCUCUGUUACCGGACGACAUCGUCUACCCAGAUCCUCCCCCGAACAUCCCCAUGUGGGAUCCGGCGCCAAAUGUGACCUCGGCGAAUGUUCAUUUCCACACCCAAGUGCCCUAUCAGAUCCAGAUGGCUCGGCAGGAAAUGGCUGAUAGGCUGGCCAGAUCGUUUGUCGCCUCGGUCCCGGGAGUGAGUAUGGACGAUUAUCUGCCCGAGACGGACCACCAUAACCAUGAGCAGGAUCCCAACCGAGCCGGUCCAUCCCACGCUGUGAUGGGAGCCGGAGCUGAGCAGGGGCAGGACGCCGUACCCGACUUCUCAUUGGAAGACCUCCAGCGGCAUGGGCUGUUCGAUCAUGAGAUUUCUCAACAACAAGUGGACAGGACCGAUCUGGAUCAAGACAAUGCAUCGGCUCUCGACAAGAUGCAGAACUUGGCGGUGAGGGCGUUGACGUGCGAAAAUUGCGGCCGUACGGGAACGUCAGUCUGGAGGAAGUUGACGAUCGGCGAAGAUGCGCAGAAACAGACGUAUCGCGUGUGCAAUCCAUGUGGAUUGCACUACCAGAAAAACUUGGUCAUGCGGCCCCAGGCGAUGUGGGGAGAUAUCAAUAUUGCGCCACGAAAACGACGGCCAGCCAAGCCGAAGGGCACGCGUGCCCAAGAGAUUUUGCAGCAACAGAACGAGGAGCAGCAGCUGCAACCAGACCAGAAUGAAAUGCACCAACAAGAACACCAUCCCAUGGAACUCGGUACCCUGCAGAUGGAAAUGGACAUGAAUAUGAACGAUCGGAUCGAGUAA